AAAGUUAAAGUUGAACCUGUCAACAAACUUCACAACAAGUAGUCCUUCGUCGUUGAACCGUCCUCGCGGUCCUUCACAAAAGUCUCUUAAACGCUCGUUUCCACUGUAAAAUGUGACACGACCGUUCCGUGGAGGAAUUCGAAGAACCAAGAUUUUUUAUUUUUAAUCUCAAUACACGUCAUGUCUGCUCUGGAGAAGACCUGGUCCGACCUGACCGUGUUGGACGUGUACGACAUCGCCGCGGCCCUGGCGCAGGAGUUUGAGCGGACCAUCGAGCGCUUCGGCUGUGAGGCUCUGGCUGGCGUGGUUCCUAAGGUGGUCCAAGUUUUAGAGCUCCUGGAGACGCUGGUGGGCCGCCGCGGAGACGCCGGCGGCAGCGGGCAGGAGGCGGACGAGCUGCGACGGGAGCUUUUGCGGCUGCGCCAGGAGCGCAGCGACAGGUCGGCGCAGGAGAGAAAGCACCACCAGGAGUUAGUGCAGGUGGAAGACGUGUGGAAAGCCGAGGUUGAGAAUCUCCUCUCGCAGAUGUCUCAGCUGGAAGCGGAAAACAAAAAGCUGCUGGCUUGCCGAGCUUUCAGCCAAGCUCUCGUGGAAACCCAAGACCAGUACCUGCAAGAUGAGGGGACGGCGGAGAAGGAAAAGCAAGUGAUGACAAGGCUCAAUAAGUUGGUGGAGAAGCAGAGGGAUGAAAUCCAAGCCAAAGACCACGAGCUGAUGCUAAAAAACGAUGACGUUGAGGCGCUCCAGCUGCAGCAGCACCGUCUGGUCCGGAUCAAUCAGGAUCUCCGUCACAAGCUCGGCACGACGGAGGCGCACGGCAAGGCGGCCAUGCGGCAACGGGCAGAGCUGGAGGCUGCGGCGCAGGCCCGUCGGCUCGAGAUGGACGCCCUGCGGCGCGAGUUGACCCAGCUGAGGAAGGAGCGGCAGGAGUGGGAACUGGAGAGGGAGGUGGCCAAGAUGGAGGAGGAGAACCUUUUGUUUUCGUCCACGUCCAAGGCGUCCCCACAGGCAGACUCGGUAUGGGUCGAGUGCGGAGGAGAUACUGACUCCUUGGAGAACAUUCCCAACUUCCUCAACAGCUCAACGCACAGACGCGUGAACACAAGUCAGCAGGACAUAGACAAGUCUGCUUUCUUACUGGAAGAAGUGCCUGAAGAGGCGGAGGCGAAAGCUCCUCACUUCACUCUGCAGGAGCUUCGUGAUGUCUUGCAAGAGCGAAACCAACUCAAGGCUCAAGUUUUCCUCCUAGAGGACGAACUGGCCUAUCACAAAAGUGAAGACUUAGAGGAGGAUGUCAGCUGUCUCCUUGGUGCUUCAUCUUCAUCGAUGCCACCACCAAAGGUCACCAGCACCUCCUCAGAUUUGCCGGAAUCUGGAAUACGACGCCUGAUCUUCACCGCCAUCAUGCCCAUGGUCGCCGCCGGUUUAAUCGCAGACGACCCAACGUUGUUGCCAAUCAGACGCCUCGUUUCCUUUGCAUGAUUUUUUAAGGAGUUAGGGCUAUUGGGCUUCAUCCAUUAUUUCCGAGUAGUGUAUUUGAAUUUGAUUUUUAAAUGACCUGCCAAAUGGUGGGAAAGUACCAAAAGAUGUACAGUCAAUUCCUUUUUAGCAGUUAAUGCAAUUAAGGGAAAAAAAUGGAGUAAGCCAACUCUAGCUGACAGUGGCUUAUUUAAAGAACAACAGCUAAGAUAAUAUAUGACAAAGGCAUUGAGUAUCAAUGGUAUAAAAUGUGCUACCUGCGCUCAAGUGAAGCCAAUUUGAUAUAUAUUUAGUCUAGUCAACCAAAUCUUCUGUACAAAAAUUUAUGGUGAUUUAAUGUUGAAAUAAAGCUUUUAUUUUUCAUGUUA